ACCUGCCUGCGCCCCGCCCCGAGGUCGGGGCUUUGGAGGAUGCGGCCGGGAAAAACAUUAACUUUUGGGCUACGUCCAGAAUAGUAUCAUCUCCAUGGACAUUCCCUUCUCCUACAAUUUCAGAAAACCUUUGACAACUAAUUGAGAAAAUGCAGAAGAUCUUGCAGACAGAUGAAAUUACCAAUACCCAAGCUUUUAGAAAAGGAAAGAGGAAACGGACAGAGACAAUGGACUCAGAGAAUGCAAACAGUGACAUGGAUAAAGGACAGAGAGACCCAUAUUCGGGAAAUGCCUUUUUGCCUGGUGAGAGCUCCAGUGAGGAUGAGGAGCCUUUAGCAGAAUUGUCGAAGGAAGAACUGUGUGCCAAAAUAAAAAGCCUGAAAGAAAAACUAACAAACACCAGGAAAGAGAACAGCCGGCUUCGACAGUCUUUGGUCAUGCUUCAAGUGUUACCACAGGCAGUCACUCAGUUUGAAGAACUUGUUGGUAUGGCAGAAGCCCUGCUUAAGGGUGGAGGAUCCAUGUCCACGUCUGCGUCCACCCUCUGGAGAGCAACAAACAACUCCUCACCAGAUUCAUUUGCCUCGACAUGCAGUAAUUCUAACUCUAAUUCCAGUUCACCAAUUUCCUUGAAGGCAGAAGAGGAGCAUCAUAUUGAUGAGAAACAGUUCAAGAUUGAAAAAUGGCAGAUUGCCCGUUGUAAUAAGAGCAAGCCUCAGAAGUUUAUUAACGAUUUAAUGCAAGUACUUUACACAAACGAAUACAUGGCCACACACAGCUUGACGGGGGCAAAAUCCUCUACUUCAAGGGACAAAGCUGUAAAACCAGCCAUGAAUCAGAAUGAAGUUCAAGAAAUCAUAGGAGUAACAAAACAAUUGUUUCCCAAUACGGAUGAUGUUUCAAUUAGGAGAAUGAUAGGGCAAAAGUUAAACAAUUGUACCAAGAAGCCAAAUUUAAGCAAAAAUCUUAACUCUCAGGAUAUUAAAUAGAUUAUUUUGGUAUUACAGGUAUCUGAAACAAAGCACCUUCAAUUCUAAAUCUAGCAUUGGAUUUUGUUGGAGAAUCUGCAAACUUCCUAGCAGUGAGCACAGAGACAUAUGUGCAGUGACAAACUGUAAGACAUUUGUAACUGAUGGACUCUCCUGAGGACCAACAAACUUGCUGAAGAAGCUGCAUGUAGAUUCCACCUUAAAUACUAGUGAUGCAUCAAACCAGAGAAUUUCUACCAGUCAAAUAAGCAUGCAAUAUGGUUUCUUUUAAAAUAUGCAUUUCCCAAUCCCCAAAUACUUCUCUGUACAGUUAACAGUCAGAGCUAUUAUCAUAGCAACCAAAACUUUAACUCCUAAGAUUAGUCAAUGCCCUAACCAUUGUACAUUUAUUAUUAUCAAUGACUCCUCAUUACAGUCAUUGGGUCCUGAGCAUAAGCACAUGUUUGUAAAAGAAAACAGUGAAAUAAUUAAUGUUCACAAAUACGAGAACUGCAAAGUCAGCCCAAAAUCUGAUAACCACGUGUAACCAAGUAAUAAGGUCUUAGCAAUAACAUCAUACGAUUGUUGUUAUCUAAAAAUGUAUAAAAUAAGAAUAUGAAAAAAGUUAUAGCCGCAAGAUUUUAUUUAUUUAUUAUUUAUUUUU